AUGUCUCUCACCAACAAACUUGCCAUCACCGACGUUGAUCUUAAGGACAAGCGUGUCCUGAUCCGAGUCGACUUCAACGUCCCUCUCGACGCGAACAAGAACAUCACAAACAACCAACGUAUUGUCGGUGCCUUGCCGACUAUCAAGUACGCCAUCGAACAUGGAGCCAAAGCUGUAAUUCUGAUGUCCCACCUUGGCCGACCUGAUGGCAAGGUGAACCCCAAGUACAGCUUGCAGCCUGUUGUCCCAGAGCUUGAGAAGCUACUUGGCCGCGGCGUUAUUUUCACCAAUGACUCUGUUGGAAAGGAAGUGGAAGAGACUGUCAACGAGGCCACUGGUGGCCAAGUAAUUCUGCUGGAGAAUCUGCGAUUCCAUGCCGAGGAAGAAGGUAGCUCUAAGGAUGCGAACGGCAAUAAGAUUAAGGCCGACAAAGCUAAGAUUGAGGAGUUCCGCAAGGGACUGACUGCUCUGGGAGACAUCUACAUCAACGAUGCUUUCGGUACUGCCCACCGUGCUCACAGCUCGAUGGUCGGAGUAGAUCUCCCCCAGAAGGCAUCUGGCUUCCUUGUGAAGAAAGAGCUUGAAUACUUCGCCAAAGCCCUGGAGAGUCCUCAACGGCCUUUCCUUGCUAUCCUUGGUGGCUCCAAGGUUUCCGACAAGAUCCAACUCAUCGACAACCUUCUACCCAAGGUCAACAGCUUGAUCAUCACUGGCGGCAUGGCUUUCACUUUCAAGAAGACUCUCGAGAAUGUUAAGAUCGGUAAUAGUCUGUUCGACGAAGCUGGCAGCAAAAUCGUCGGCGAGGUCGUCGACAAGGCCAAGAAGAACAAUGUGAAGAUCAUCUUGCCUGUUGACUAUGUCACUGGCAGCAAGUUCGGUGCUGAUGCUGAAGUUGGAUCCGCAACAGAUGAGCAAGGAAUUCCCGAUGGCUGGCUCGGUUUGGACGUUGGCCCGAAGAGUGUCGACCUGUACAAGGAGGCUAUCAAGGAAGCCAAGACUAUUCUCUGGAACGGUCCUCCGGGUGUUUUUGAAAUUGAGCCUUUCGCAAAGGGAACAAAGGACACCCUUGAUGCUGCAGUUGCAGCUGCUCAAUCGGGUACGAUUGUCAUUAUUGGCGGUGGUGACACUGCAACUGUUGCCGCCAAGUACGGUGUUGAGGAUAAGCUGAGCCAUGUGUCCACUGGAGGUGGUGCUUCUUUGGAAUUACUGGAGGGCAAGGAAUUGCCUGGUGUUGCUGCUUUGUCAAGUAAGUAA